ACGUGUCGGCUGCAUGUGAUGUAAACAAGUAUGAGUUACUCCUUGAGGUUUUCGUCCCGUGUAUUUCGAAAGUCAUUUAGAUUUGCCUUGCAGACUUGUACAUGCCAGCAACAACAUGGCCUACACACCUCUCGUACACAGAAAAAUAAGGAGCCUGAGCCAGAAGUGAAUGGAUUUGACAUGAAAUCAUUUCCAGUUGACUCUAUUAGAAAUUUCUCCAUUAUUGCUCAUGUUGAUCAUGGCAAAAGUACCUUGGCAGAUAGGCUGCUCGAAUUUACCGGUGCCAUCAAGAAAGAUGCUGAUAACAAGCAAGUUUUGGAUAAACUUCAAGUUGAAAGAGAGAGAGGAAUCACUGUUAAGGCACAAACAGCAUCAGUCACUUAUAAAUACAAAGGCCAGACCUACCUCUUGAACCUCAUAGACACACCAGGACAUGUAGAUUUCUCCUAUGAGGUGUCACGGUCCCUGGCUGCAUGUGAUGGGGUUAUCUUACUCGUGGAUGCCAAUGAAGGGGUUCAAGCUCAGACAGUAGCCAACUUCUACCUGGCUUUCACUAAUGAGUUAUCAAUCUUACCUGUGCUGAAUAAGAUUGAUCUGAAGAAUGCCGAUCCUGAAGCUGUUAAAGAACAGCUGUUGAAUCUGUUCGAGAUUGAUCCAGAUGAAGUCUUGAUGAUAUCAGCCAAGAAAGGAAUUGGUAUAGAAAAAGUUAUUACAAGUGUCAUAGAAUCCAUACCAUGCCCAGCAAAGAAGUGUAACCCAGAUGCUCCACUGCGUGCUUUGUUAUUUGAUUCUUGGUUUGAUAGGUAUAAAGGUGCUGUGUGCUUGAUUUUGGUUGUGGAUGGUACUUUAAGGAAGGGUGAUACUAUAGCAUCAGCGCAUACAGGAAAGUCUUACGAUAUCCGAGACCUUGGGAUCCUUACACCUCAAGAAAGAUCUGUUCAGCAGUUAUUUGCAGGUCAGGUUGGCUAUUUCACAGCAAACAUCCGAUCAGCCAAAGAAGCUCAAGUUGGAGAUACAUUUCACCAGAAGGGCAUUCCCUGUGAACCACUGGAAGGUUUCAGGCAAGCUAAACCUAUGGUAUUUGCUGGCAUGUACCCAAUGGACCAAAGUGAACAUCCGGCUCUGAGAGCAGCAAUAGAUCGUUUAACCCUUAAUGAUUCUAGUGUCUCUAUCAAUAUUGAAAGCAGUGCUGCUCUAGGUCAAGGUUGGAGGCUUGGUUUUUUGGGUCUCUUGCACAUGGAUGUAUUCAACCAACGUUUAGAACAAGAACAUGGAGCACAGGUUGUCGUCACUACACCCUCUGUUCCUUACAAGGUAAGAAUACAUGGUGAGAAAGCACUUCGUGAAUAUGGAGAAGAGGAGCCAACUAUUACCAAUCCAAUUCAGUGGCCAGACCCUCAGAUAAUUGUAGAGACAAGUGAACCAGUGGUGAUGGGCACAAUCAUAACACCAGAUUCUUAUCUUGGUGCCAUUAUCAGUUUGUGUCAAGACAGAAGAGGAAUUCAGCACAACCUGAGGAAUCUAGACCAGAACAGAAUAAUUGUUCAGUACAAAUUGCCAUUAAAUGAGAUUGUGGUAGAUUUUUAUGACAAUUUGAAGUCUGUAUCAUCAGGUUAUGCAACUUUUGACUAUGAAGAUAUCGGAUUUGAGCCAUCUUCUCUCGUUAAGCUGGACAUUUUAUUGAACGGCAAUAUGAUCGAUGAACUAUCAACAAUUGUCCAUUCAUCAAGAGCAAGAGUUGUAGGAAAGCAAAUUUGUGAGAAGUUAAGCAAUACGCUGCCAAAACAUUUAUUUCAG